CGGUUGGGACUGAGGCUUUCGGGACGGCGGCGGGAAGAUGGCGGCGCCCAUGGACUCUGUGGAGUCCCCGGAGGGUGAAGGCAGCGCGGGGCGCAGGGCGUCCGGGGUGGAGUUGUCGGUCCCCUCGGACCCCGCGGCUCCCGCCCCGCUGUGCCCACACGGGCCCACUCUUCUGUUUGUUAAAGUGAGCCAAGGGAAGGAAGAAACACGGAAGUUUUAUGCCUGCUCAGCCUGUAGAGAUAGAAAAGACUGUAAUUUUUUUCAAUGGGAAGAUGAAAAGUUGUCGGAAGCUAGACUUGCUGCCCGAGAAGCUCAUAACCAAAGAUGGCAGCCCCCUCUAUCCCGCGCACAAUGCAUAGAAAGGUACCUGAGUUUUAUUCAGUUGCCCUUGACUCAAAGAAAGUUCUGUCGAAGUUGCCAGCAAUUGCUGUUACCUGUGGAUUGGGGGGAGCACGGUGAGCACCAGCUGUUGCCUGACAUCUCCAUCACCCAGCUCCGAAGGCCCAGUCAGCUGCUCUACCCACUGGAGAACAAGAAGACGCACGCCCAGUACCUGUUUGCUGAGAGGAGCUGCCAGUUUCUGGCAGGCCUCCUUGCCACCCUCGGCUUCAGAAGAGUACUCUGUGUUGGAACACCCAGGCUACACGAGCAGAUCAGACUGGCAGCACCAGGUGAGAAGUCCAACACGAAAAGCCUUUUAUUGGAUAUUGAUUUUCGAUAUUCGCAAUUUUACCUGGAAGAUAGCUUUUGCCGCUAUAAUAUGUUCAAUCAUCAUUUCUUUGAUGGAAAGGCUGCCCUUGAAGUAUGCAGGGCAUUCUUACAGGAAGAGGAAGGUGAAGGCGUGAUUAUGGUGACAGACCCUCCUUUUGGUGGCUUGGUUGAACCUCUGGCUAUUACAUUCAAGAAGUUAAUUGCUAUGUGGAAAGAAGGUCAAAGCCAAGAUGACAGUCAGAAAGAACUGCCCAUUUUCUGGAUUUUCCCCUAUUUUUUCGAGUCACGGAUUUGUCAUUUUUUCCCAAGCUUCCACAUGCUGGAUUACCAGGUAGAUUAUGAUAAUCACACACUUUACAAACAUGGAAAGACAGGUCGCAAACAGUCUCCUGUGCGGAUUUUCACCAACAUUCCCCCCAACAAAAUCAUCCUCCCUACAGAAGAAGGGUACAGAUUUUGCUCCCUCUGUCAGAGAUAUGUUUCUCUUGAGAAUCAGCACUGUAUGCAUUGUAAUUCUUGCACAUCCAAGGAUGGGAGGAAAUGGAGCCAUUGCUUUCUCUGCAAAAAGUGUGUGAAGCCUUCCUGGAUCCAUUGUAGCACCUGUAACCGCUGUACACUCCCAGACCAUUCCUGUGCGGGCCCUAGAGAUGGCUGCUUUAUUUGUGGUGCAUUGGAUCACAAACGCAGCAAUUGUCCCAACAUUGGCACCUUCAAGAGAGCUAACAAGGCUGUCAGAAGGCAGAAGCAAAGAAAAAGUAAUAAGAUAAAAACGGAGCCACUAAAGGACAAUCCAUGAAUCACACAUCUGCUCCAAGAAGAAAGAAGAGAAGGGAAAGG